AUGCGUCAUCAGCCGUCAGCGUUGCCCAAUUAUUGUCCACGGACUUGUAAUAUGUUAGCCGCAUCAGAUCCUAGGAGACCCAAUAAACUUCGAAGAUUCGUUCCAUUAUCACAGGAUGCCCCUCCACUAGACCAAACUAUAGACUAUCUUAAUUUUUUCGGAAUAGUCUUAAGCAUGUGUGGACUGUUGUUUGAAGCUGAAUUACCACCCCUUCAGCUCCCUGCGGGUUCAUACAAUCCAGUCAAUAAGCGUGUUAUAUAUGUUGGGGGACUAUCAGAGCAAGUUGAUGUGCCUCUUGUUCGUGCGGCGUUUAUCCCUUUUGGAGACAUAGUUAGUAUUAAUAUGCCCAUGGACUAUCAAACUGAAAAACACAGAGGUUUCGCUUUUGUUGAAUUCGAAGAAGUUGAAGAUGCUAUGAGUGCCAUUGAUAAUAUGAAUGAAAGUGAAAUAUUUGGGCGUACCAUCCGUGUUAAUGUGGCAAGACCAGUACGCAUACGGGAGGGUUGGAGUCGACCUGUCUGGUCGGACGAGAAUUGGUUAAAGAAAUAUGGCAGUGCUCCAUUAGAAGGACGAAAACUGGAUGAACCUGAUAUCGUCAACCCAUCAGAUUCUGCAGAAAAUGUUGAAGACUUGAGUGACGAAGAAAUGCGAACCAAAAAACAAAAACGAAAUCUUCCUCGGGUAUUCUUCGAUAUUCGAAUUGGAAACGGAGAUGCUGGUCGUAUAGUGAUGGAGCUUCGGUCAGAUAUUGUCCCGAGAACUGCUGAGAACUUCCGUGCCUUGUGUACAGGAGAACGUGGAUUCGGUUAUCACAAUUGUUGUUUCCAUCGAGUUAUACCACAAUUCAUGUGUCAAGGAGGCGAUUUUGUAAAAGGGGAUGGGACCGGUGGCAAAUCAAUAUAUGGACGUAAAUUCGAUGAUGAGAACUUCCAACUCCGACAUGAAGGGUUCGGUGUUCUUUCCAUGGCGAAUUCUGGACCAAAUACAAAUGGAUCUCAGUUCUUCAUUUGCACAACAAAAUGCGAUUGGCUUGAUGGCAAACAUGUUGUUUUUGGUCGAGUAGUGGAUGGACAAAAUGUCGUAAAAAAGAUGGAGUCCGUUGGAUCGAAAUCUGGUAAGGUCAAAGAACCCGUUAUUAUUUCUCGGUGUGGAGAAUUAAUUUAACACAUCUGGACUGUAAAAUGGAAGGAGAAAUGUACAGUUUUGUUUUUAAGUGUUUUUCAACAAUAUACCAUUAUUGAAAUAGCUGACGGUAGUUUUUAAUUAUUUCAAAGUUGGAAAUAGGUAAUAGGCAGACAUUUAACGUUUCGGUUUAUAGUUUUAAGCUGUCCAUAAACUAAUUAAACAGUGACGUAGAUAAACGGAUCGCAGCAGAUGGUAACCUUGAUCACACCAUGCUAUAAAUAAUUUGUAAGCAGUACGAUAUAGCAAGUCUGAUUUGAGGUGACGUUCAAAUUAGUCUGAAUUCAACUACUUUCCACUCAUCAGACGGAGAUCUCCACUUUAUUAGACAGUAGUUCCUGAUCUACAUAUUCUUAGUAACUCUGCUAACCUUGAUCUUAUGGAGGAACUGAGGCAGUUUUCGAACAAAU